AUGACCACAGGUCCGGAUUCAUACGUUCACUUUCUCGCCCAUUUUUUGGCAGGUGGAACCUCGGCAGCACUGGCAUUGACGGCAAUCGCACCCUUGGAACGGAUUAAACUGCUCCUGCAAACACAAAAGGGAGCCAGCCAUAUUCCCAAGGAGCAUGAGUACAAAGGAAUAAUUGACUGCCUCAUACGAAUUCCGAAGGAGCAAGGAUUCCUUUCCUUCUGGCGUGGCAACUGGGCUGGAAUUCUGAGGGUGUUCCCAUAUCAAGCCAUGAACUUUUCAUUUAAAGAGUUAUUUAAGGAAAAGUUUAUUCAUAAAUCGGACGAGCUCUGGUAUCGACUUGGUGGAAAUGUUCUUAGUGGGGGUGUUGCGGGGGCAUGUGCACUGACCGUGAUUUAUCCUCUGGACUAUGCGAGAACACGGUAA